CAUCCACUGUAUCCCAUUGUUUCAAAAGCAGCUGCAAGUUUCUUUUGUCUAUGGCCCACAUAUGAUCUGUGAACUUCAUUGAAAAAUUUAUAGGAAAAAAUGGGAGAUACUAAGUUGUACGAUCUUUUGGGAGUUUCUCCAAAUUCUUCAGACUUUGAAAUCAGAAAGGCUUACCGAAGGCUUGCUAAAGAAUAUCAUCCUGAUAAAAACCCAGAAGAAGGAGAAAAAUUCAAAGAGAUAUCAUUUGCUUAUGAAGUUUUGUCAGAUUCAAACAAGAGAGAGAUUUAUGACAUGCAUGGAAUCAAAGGCUUACAAGAAGGUCGGCAUGAAGAUGGGUUUUCUGAUGACAUCUUUUCACACAUAUUUGGAGGAGGUCUGUUUGGAGGCAUGGGCAUGGGAUUUGGUGGUGGACGUCGAAGAAAACAAAGAGGAGAAGACACAGUUCAUCCCUUGAAGGUUUCUCUAGAAGAUUUGUAUAAUGGCAAAACAACAAAGCUGCAACUUAGUAAAACUGUAAUAUGCUCUACUUGUUAUGGGGAAGGCGGUAAACGUGGAUCGUCACAGCCGUGUCGAAACUGCCAUGGACAAGGUAUUAAAGUGACUCUUCGGCAAUUGGGGCCAGGCAUGGUUCAGCAAAUGCAGUCUGUCUGCUCUGAUUGUAGAGGUGAAGGAGAAGUAAUCAAUGAGAGAGAUCGCUGUAAGAUCUGUAAAGGUAACAAAACUGUAAGUGAGAAGAAAAUUUUGGAAGUCUAUGUCGAUAAAGGAAUGCAGGAUGGACAAAGGAUACAGUUUAAAGGUGAAGGGGAUCAAAAGCCAGGGAUGGAGCCUGGAGAUGUCUUAAUUAUUCUUCAGGAGAAACCACACACGUACUUCCAAAGGAACGGCAAUGACCUGUACAUGAGCCACAAGAUCAACCUCACCGAAGCACUUUGUGGCUUUUCUGUGGCUGUAAAACACUUAGAUGGACGUGAUUUGAUAAUCAGACAUCUUCCAGGCGAAGUCAUUAAACCAGGCACGUUGAAGGGUGUUCAAGGAGAAGGAAUGCCCAUUUACAGGGAUCCUUUUGAGAGAGGAAAUCUGUACGUUAAACUUGAUGUUGAGUUCCCGUCGGAUCAUUUUCUGGAUGAAGAAAAUCUUGAGCUGCUGGAGAAGCUGCUACCUGAUCGGCCACUGUCCAAUAUUCCCGAAGGUGAACACGUAGAAGAAGUUGACCUCCAUGACUAUGACCCCAACACCAGUAGACAAGGAAGCCACAGUAGGAGCAGGAUAUCGGAGGCUUACGACUCCGACGAAGAGGGUGGAGUACACAUGGGGCCUGGGGUUCAGUGUACACAUCAAUAGUAGAUAAACCUUGUAAUCAUUGGUUUUGUGAUAGUUUCAUUUAAAAUUUUAGUGCACAUUUUCUUCCUCAAAUGACAAGGGGAAGAAAGCAGAUGUGUUAAUGAUGUUUCCAAUACUCUCUCUUGUAUAUGUGGGCCUUGCUUGCACUCCUGGAAUAUCUGUAACAUGAAAUUUCUGGACAUUUGUUUUUAAAAGUGUUGGCAAUAAAUUUCAUUUCUGGUGAAUACAA